CCCAGCUUCACCCCGUGCUCGAUUUCUUAUUUCUCUCCCCUUUCCCAAGUUUCCCGUUUCAUCUCCAUCCCCUUACAUAUCUUGCAGCUCGAUACUCCAUCCAAUUCGGACAAUUGGGCAAGAUCCCAUCCUUCUACCCACGUAUACCACUGCUAUGGCUGACGCCCCCUUACCUAGAAAGCGAGGUCGUCCUCCAAAGCUAGACGCUACAGGAAACCCCGUGAAGAAACUCUCGCCCCCAGCUGGACCUCCAAGAAAGAGAGGUAGACCACGCAAGAACCCCAGCGAGCUUCCUAAACCAGCCCCUACCGGUCCAAAGAGAGGGCGUGGCCGGCCAAGGAAAGAUGAUCCAACCGCUCCUAGCAAAAAACCGCGACUGAACUCUGAUAUACCUACUACCACCACUGCCACAACUGCCGCGCCGUCAAAACGCGGCAGACCCAGGAAAGUAACUACAGAUGCUGCAUCCGAAGAUAUCAAUGGCACGGUGGAGAGCUCAUCUGGCUUCCCCCUGGAUAAAAUAAUCGGUAUCUACUCACUGGAGUGCAAGGAGGUGGAGGAGAAUUGGCCAAACGAGGCGGAAGAGAUGGAGCUUACGAUUACAAGGACGUCAGAAAGCCCCCUGGGAUUGAUUGGUGGAUUCAAUCUGGGCAUCCUUGAGGGCACGAUGCUGUUCGCUGCAGACAAGCCCACGCUGAAGAAAUUCCGCGCCGUGAUGAGUAAGAGUGGUGCAGCAGGCAAUGUCGAUGAAGAAGCGGAGGCGAGCAGCAGUGGGAACGGAGGCGAUCUCCCCCACGCGACGCAAUCCGCUCCAGUGAAGGAUCGCCGCGUUUACUUUAGCUGGCGUGGUAGAUCGACGAGCGAAGGGGAAAUUCAUUCAGAGGAAGGCACGACGUCGCAAGAUGGUUACAUCGAGUUCACGACCAAUGAAGCCAUCACCUUCAAUGGUGUGGCGGGCUUCCCUGCUCUUGGGAGCAGUUGCAAAUUCAAGGGGACGAAGAUUGACAAUGACGCUGCUGACGCGCCGCAGCCGUGGACUACGUUCUCUAGAGAAGCUGCUGAGAAAGAGGCUGUGGACAGAUGGGGGUGAUAGGCAAAGAAGAAGGAUUCACGAAAAACGACGCUUCUUAUUCCUUGUUUUUUUUUUUUUUUUUUUUUUUUUUUCCUGACAUGGAUGGAGGCUUUGGGCUUGUAUUUCUUUUUGUAUAGCCUUUCGAAAUUUUUUCUUUGCCUCCACCCCCCCCCCCCCCCCCCAACCCCCGCCAGAUGUAGUUUUCAGCUUCGGAAUUUCACAUUUUCGCCAGCAAGUGAUGGAAGGAAGACGGUUUCAAUUUUCGGUCCAAGACUGUGGCGGUAUGGAGGGGAUGGGCGAGAGGACCAGCACGAGCGGGAAAGGGAACGGGACGGAUGGGAUGGGACAGCAAAAGAGCGAUGGAGAUAAAAGAUGCCAGUACCCACCCCAGGUUCCGCGCAGGCUACAAUUGUAUUCUAACUUCAGGCAGCUCCUUCUUACAGUUUAAUUUUUAUUUCUAUUUCGGCUAUUUGGCAUUUACAACAUCUUAUCGUUUUUAUUUAUUUUCUUCUUUUUUAUUCCUUUACUUUUAUUUUUUUCUUUUUAACUAUCUGGAUGAAAUUGGAACGGAAACGGCAUAAUCGUGGGAUCACUAUCAAUAGGGUUAGUUGGGCGGAUAAUCUAUCUUUAAUACCGGCCAUUAUCAUUAUUGAUAGGGGUUUAGAUAUAUUUAUUUUUAGCUAUGGGUUUGAACUUUGGGGCUUUUGCUGCCGUCGAUGAAAUAUGGAGGUUGUUUUUGAUCUAUUUUUAUCUCCUCUCAAUUAUUUGACAGUUUUCCUCGCUGGUUCUCCUGUCGCUUAGCGUGAUUCUAGUCUGCAUGUCAAUCGUCUUAUCUUAUGAUGUACAAUUUAUAUUUUGUAGUUAUACCGAAUAAUGGCAUAGCUAGCUCUCCAUUGCGUGCUGAGCGCAGAUGUACUACUGUACAUACAUAUACAUCUGUACUGCUAGAACUCGGUCUCAUUCAUUAAUAAUCAACAACAGGUCCCGCAAAUGGAAUUUUGACAUCUGAAAGCGCUUUCACGCUGAAAUGCCUUCAAAAAGAGUACAUGUUCAUUGCUUGAAAGAUUGCAAAAUAUACAAAAUCAUUAAUAUACCAAAAUACAAAAAUGGAACGGAAAAGGGGGGUAUUUAUAUAGAAACCGUUAGAACCAUAAUGAAAAAAGAAGAAAAAAAACCUUCUAUUCGAGCUGGUGUCGCACUUCCGGUGCAGGCAGUUCUACAUAGGUUCGUUCUGGCAUCAGCUCCUGUCGCUGGCGGGCGUCAAUGUCAUGCAUUUCAUGAAUCAUAGGCUCCGUGUCACCACCACCCCCAUCAAAGGGUGAUGGUGGCUCCGGGUCAGCCUUAUCUGCGACCGUCUCCGUUGUUUCCGCCGCCCGUUUCCGCUUAGACCUCCAGACAAACAGUACGAUGAUAACAACAACAAGCACGCCGCCAACGCCGCCAAUAACACCGCCGACAAUCGUUCCUGUCGACGCCUUUGAGUCGGAGUCUUCAUCAGAGUCGCUGUUGUCGUCUCCUGGUUGUGGUUGUGCGGUUCCGCUCUCUGUCGCUGUGGUUUGUGGACCUGUGGUCUCGGUACCGGUAAUCCCCGUAGCAGAGGGACCCCGGAUCGCCAAUAAAACCGAGUCGUCGACCCAGGAAAUCGUCAUGGUUUCCGUAAUCUGGUCCGCAUCGAUCGUGACAUCGGUCAGAGAGCCGAUGGUGAACAUCGUCUCAGCGCCUGAGGAGGCUGAAUGGGUACAUUUAUAAUCCGCGAUGGAGAGACCGGGCCAAGUCCUAGUGUGGCAGUGCGGGUCUUGGUCGCCGGUACACAGCAUCACAAACGGAUCAUUGGAAUAGGCGCGAAGUGAUGAGGUUUCUGCGAGCUGAGAGCUGCCGUAGCAGGUGCUGAUAAACGUGCAAUGCGUGGUGGUGGACACCGUCGGACAGCAGCCCAUCAUUGCGGGGAAGUUGGCGUUGGAGGAAUGGAAGACGCAGGCAUUGCUAUUGUAGCAAGCCAGACGGGAUUCUGUAUAUAUAUAUAUAUGGGUCAUUUAGUUCGAUUAUAAACGGUCUUACUGUAGAGUUUUUAUUCUGGAGAGGAAAUCUGACGCUUGGAGCCUGCAAAGUAACCACAGACUGAAGCUGGCGCCUCUGUAGUGGUCGCCCGACGAACCAGUUUGCGAGCGCGUCCACCAUCUACGGGGGGAACCUUCGUUGUUUCUGGGAUUUUGAACGGGGCGUUUUGCUUGUUGCUGGCAAUUGUCGCAGUGGGAGAGGUGAAGGCGACGGCGUUGGCCGCAACCGCGAAGUAGAGAAGAUACCACCACAUCGUGCGCCCGGGCCGUUUGCUGGCGACACCUGAAGAAAAGCAGGAUCUUGACUUUUGUAGGUUCGCGAUCGAUUGAUCUCUUUACUUUGUAGGUGCAGGGUUUUGGCCCCUGAGAGAUUAAGCUAUCUAGCGCCUUGGCCGGAGGGAGAUUUCAGCCUAGAGGGCUCCAUGAAAACGAAGUUCAAUUUGAUGAUAAUUACCGACCUCCUUGAGGAAAGUUAUGAUGUAUGUAAAGAAUAAUAUCUCUAGGGCUUCUAGAUGCAAAUGUGUCAACAAUGCAUUUAAAUAAAAUAAUACAGCAAAGAACAAGAUUAAAUAUAAAUAAUAGAAGAUC